GCGGCUGCACCGCCCGGGUCAGGAGCGUCGUCCCCGCCCGCAGCGUGAGGCCGUAAGGCCGCUGUGAGGCCGCGGGAAGUAGCGGUGUCCCAUGCGGGAAAAUGGGCUGCGUGCGGUGGGAAACGCCUGCGAGCCCAGCACUCCGGAGGCUGAGACUGGAGGGUCACUUUGCGCUGAGACCCAGAUGACAGAUUUUUUUGACAGCAGACGGAGAAGUUGUCCUAGUGGAUGGAAAGCAAGGAUUUGAGCAGAGGAGGACAGAGGAAACUGCCUUGAAGAGGAAGUGGCGGUAGAGUCUGCUUCAGUGUCUGGGAGAGACGGGGAUAAGAUGGAAAGAAAUAAUGUGGAGAGGAGACACAGGGUGACCCCGUCUCUGGUCUUUGCCAUCUCUAUCGCUGCAAUUGGCUCUUUCCAGUUUGGCUACAACACUGGAGUCAUCAAUGCUCCCGAGAUGAUCAUUACAGAAUUUAUCAACAGCACCUUGUCCCAGAAGUUGCAUAACCCUCCCAGCAAGGAGCUGCUCACGACUCUCUGGUCCUUGUCUGUGGCUAUAUUCUCAGUGGGCGGAAUGCUUGGCUCCUUUUCCGUUGGACUCUUUGUCAACCGCUUUGGCAGGCGCAACUCCAUGCUCAUGGUCAACGUGCUGGUGGUGGUCAGCAGCUGCCUCAUGGGCUUCUGCAAGAUGGCCAAGUCCGUGGAGAUGCUGAUCCUUGGCCGCUUGAUCACGGGCAUCUUCUGCGGGCUCUGCACGGGGUUCGUGCCCAUGUACAUCGGAGAGGUGUCUCCCAUCAGCCUGCGGGGCGCCUUUGGCACCCUCCACCAGCUGGGCAUCGUCAUCGGGAUCCUGGUGGCUCAGGUCUUUGGCCUGAAGUUCAUCUUGGGGACUGAGGAGCGCUGGCCUGUGCUGCUGGGCGGCACCAUCCUCCCAGCCUUCUUGCAAAGUGUAGCGCUUCCUUUCUGCCCUGAAAGUCCUAGAUUUUUGCUCAUUAACAGAAAUGAGGAGGAGCGCGCUACAAAGAUUCUCCAGCGACUGUGGGGCACCCAGGACGUGUCCCAGGACAUCCAGGAGAUGAAGGACGAGAGUGUGCAGAUGAACCAGGAGCCUACAGUCACCGUGCUGGAGCUCUUUAGAUCCCGCAAAUAUCAGCAGCCCAUCCUGAUCGCCAUCAUGCUGCAGCUCUCCCAGCAGCUCUCGGGGAUCAAUGCUGUGUUCUAUUAUUCAACUGGAAUCUUCAAGGAUGCAGGCGUCCAGGAGCCCAUCUACGCCACCAUUGGAGCGGGCGUGGUUAACACCAUCUUCACUGUGUUUUCUGUGUUUCUGGUGGAAAGUGUGGGAAGAAGGAGCCUGCACAUGACCGGCCUCGGCGGCAUGGCUGUUUGUUCCAUCAUCAUGACAGUCUCUCUGUUGCUGAAGAGCACAUACAAUUUUAUGAGCUACAUCUGCAUCGCGGCUAUCUUGAUCUAUGUGGCCUUCUUUGAGAUCGGACCCGGCCCCAUCCCCUGGUUCAUCGUGGCCGAGCUCUUCAGCCAGGGACCCCGCCCAGCCGCCAUGGCUGUGGCUGGUUGUUCUAACUGGACCUCCAACUUUUUGGUUGGACUGCUCUUCCCCUUGGCUGCAGCCUCUUUAGGUGCGUAUGUUUUUCUCAUCUUCGCUGUCUUCUUAAUUAUCUUUCUGCUGUUCACCUUCUUCAAAGUCCCCGAGACCCGAGGCAGGACUUUUGAGGAAAUCACUCGCACCUUUGAAGGGAACACUCGGGUCUCCGGGGGACCUGGCUAGAUCCAGGCUCUGGAGCUGAAGAGCCUGCAGUGCCCCAGGACCCAGCUCAGCUGCUGGUAUCUGGGCCACCUCCGCCAGGACAGCGGACAGCGACCUCCCGCCUAGGGAAGCUCCCACCCUAGGAGCCCAGGACUGACUGCUCCAGCGCUGCCGCCCCUGUCUGUCUCGCCCUCAGCAACAUUAAAUAUUUCCACAUGGGUUUUCUACUGAGAAUAUUCUUUGAUUUGAAAUAAAAGUUCUAAACGCA